AUGGCAGGAAUGUUUCUGUUGGCUCCGGUCCAACGGAGGGGGGGGGUCUAUGGACCACAGAGGGGAGGGGGGGGUCUGUGGACCACAGAGGGAGGGGGGGGUGGUCGUGGACCACAGAGGGAGGGGGGGGUCUGUGGACCACAGAGGGAGGGGGGGUCUGUGGACCACAGAGGGAGGGGGGGGUCGUGGACCACAGAGGGAGGGGGGGGUCUGUGGACCACAGAGGGAGGGGGGGUCUGUGGACCACAGAGGGAGGGGGGGUUGUGGACCACAGAGGGAUGGGGGGGUCGGGUCUAUGGACCACAGAGGGAGGGGGGAGGGGGGCUGUGGACCACAGAGGGAGGGGGGGUCUGUGGACUAAGGGGGGGGGGGGGGGGGGGGUCUGUGGACCACCGAGGGAGGGGGGGGGGGUCGGGUCUAUGGACCCAGAGGGAGGGAGGGGGGUCUGUGGACCACAGAGGGAGGGGGGGGUCUAUGGACCACAGAGGGGGGGGGAUCUGUGGACCACAGAGGGAGGGGGGGGUCUAUGGACCACAGAGGGAGGGGGGGUCUGUGGACCACAGAGGGAGGGGGGGGUCUAUGGAACCCCCCAGAGGGAGGGGGGGGUACUGUGGACACAGGAGGGAGGGGGGGUCUAUGGACCACAGAGGGUGGAGGGGGCUGUGGACCACAGAGGGUGGGGGGGAGGGUGGGGGGGGGGGGGUCUGUGGACUACAGGGGUGGGGGGGUCUGUGGACCACGAGGGAGGGGGGGGGUCUAUGGACCACAGAGGGAGGGGGGGUGGGUCUGUGGACCACAGAGGGAGGGGGGGUCUAUGGACCACAGAGGGAGGGGGGGGUCUGUGGACCACAGAGGGAGGGGGGGGGAUCUAUGGACCACAGAGGGAGGGGGGGGUCGGUGGACCACAGAGGGAGGGGGGGUCGGUGGACCACAGAGGGAGGGGGGGUCGGUGGACCACAGAGGGAGGGGGGGGUCGUGGACCACAGAGGGAGGGGGGGUCUGUGGACCACAGGAGGGAGGGGGGGGGUCGUGGACCACAGAGGGAGGGGGGGUCUGUGGACCACAGAGGGAGGGGGGGGGUCGGUGGACCCACAAGAGGAGGGGGGGGGUCUGUGGACCACAGAGGGAGGGGGGGGGUCUGUGGACCUACAGAGGGAGGGGGGGUCCUAUGGACCACAGAGGGAGGGGGGAUCUAUGGACCACAGAGGGAGGGGGGGGUCUAUGGACCACAGAGGGAGGGGGGUCUGUGGACCACAGAGGGAGGGGGGAUCUAUGGACCACAGAGGGAGGGGGGGUCUGUGGACCACAGAGGGAGGGAGGAUCUAUCGACCACAGAGGGAGGGGGGGUCUGUGGACCCCAGAGGGAGGGGGGGGUCUGAUGGACCUCAGAGGGAGGGGGGGGGGCUUGUGGACAACAGAGGGGAGGGGGGCGUCUUGGGGACAACAGGGGGGUAG